AUGUAUGAGAGUACCGGCCGCGUCACAGACGCGAUUGAGCUCAACAUGAAGGGGUACAAUCUGCGAUUGGCAGGGAAACCACUAAAGGGUGGGUUGCUCGGCGGCUUUGAGCAAAACUUGGCCUGCAACUACAAUACAGCCAACCAACACGAGACUGCGCUUUCAUGGUUUGAGAAAUCUAGAGAUACUUGGAUUGCCUGGAGCGUCAAAGAAGGCCAGGGAGCAGACUGGCCAACUGUGACCAAGAAGAAUGCGGCACGGUGCCUUAUAUAUCUUAGUCAAUACAGCAAGGCCGAACAACUGCUCAAUACUUUCAUUGCCGAGUUCAAGCAAGAAAAGUCUUUGAACUGGGCCAUGCUCGCCUACAAGCACCUUCGCGAGGCGUCUGAGACCACCAAGUUUCACGCCGGCAACAUGCCUUUGGAGCAUGCGCGCUGUCUCUUCAAGCUCUCGCAAGCUCUUCUCCAAGGUUCCCAUGAUGAGACUCAGCAGGCUACGGACCUAAGGGACGAGGCAAAAGUCUAUCUCUUGCGCAGGGAUGCGGAAGCCAAAAACUUUGAUACAGAGGAUGCCUAUGACCCGUGGGUGCCUAUAUUCUGGCGAUAG